UUUUGUGUGUGUUUUGAGGAAGUACGAUGGUGUGACAGAAGAGCGCAAGGACUGGGGCGCACAAUGGCAAAAGCAUGUCCGUCCGGUGGGCUGGUAACAUGAGAGGGCCCCCUGUUCAGAUGCAUGUGUCCGGGUGGUUACUACUACUGCUGUUACUGCUGAGUGGAGUAUCGCGUACAGUCUUAUGUCAAGAGGAAGAUCCAGAUCCAGAUGCUGAGCUACAGGAUUCUGAGGAUGCCGUGGUGGAGGAGGUAGCUGCAGUCGAGGAGUCCGCAGAUCCUUUGGGAAAUGAUUCAGGCACCACUCCUGUACCUGAAGCAACUGAUCCUAAAGACACAGAAGAAGAAGAGGGAGUGAAUGAAGAUGACCAUGGUUCAGGGCGUUCUCUGGGUAAUGCACCACCAGAAAGCACAUUACAGCCGACCAUUGAUACAGGAACGACGCCGUCCCCAGAGGACGAUGGAACGGAUCUCCUCCUCAUCAUCAUUCCUGUGGUGUUGGUCAUCCUUUUCCUAGCCAUCAUUGUCUGUUGCAUUCUCAUUAAUCGCAAAUUAAACAACAAUACAACACAUUCAGAGGUCAGCAAAGAAGAUCCGUAUUUAGAUGAUUCCAGCAGAGAGAAAGUGCCAAUGCCCAUGUUUGAAGAAGAUGUCCCUUCUGUGUUAGAAUUAGAAAUGGAGGAAUUGGACGACUGGAUUAAAAAAGACGGUCAACUUUCCAUUCACAAUCAAAUAGCAUGAUGAUUUUGAUGGUCAAUUGAAGCCUAUUAGUGAGAUCACACCAUCAACAACUGGUCCAGACACUGUUAUUUGUCAGCAGUGAAGAUGACACACAGCUAUUCUGGGAGAGACUGUACUCUUCCAUUGUGUUCCUGUAUUCAUCCCAUUCGGAUUACUGGAAGUAUAAAGUAUAAAGACAUUCUUUUCACAAGGUGUGACUGUCUAAACAUUACAGGUCCAUGUAUGUAGUAAAAGUCACCAAUACUAGACCAAUUUGCUCAUCACACAAACUGCUCUGACUGUUCCCUAAAAGACUAUGUUUGCAUGUUAUUGCUUUUUGAAGGUGUUUUGUGUCUGUUGUCUGUUGUACUUUAUUUGGCUAAAUUUGGACAACUUUGACUUGACUUGUGACUGUCACACAGCCAUCACUUCAAAACUCCUGUUUGUACAAGCAGAGUCCCAAAAGUAUUCUUUGACAGUAUUUUUUUAAAUAUAAAUAUUCUUAUGAACAAAGAUCACUGACUGAGUGCCGUGUGACUACUGAUAAUGCUGUUCAGCUGUUACACUGAAAAGUUUUCUGUAUGUAAAAUGUAAAUAAUAAAAAGUAGUUUGUCUAAUGCA